GAGAGAGAAGGCGCGUUCGUUCCGUUGCUACCACCAGGAGGGACGAAGGCAUCCCGGUUAAAAGUCGUGCUUUAUACGGUGGCUGUUCCGCUCUCUGGUGGGAGAAGUGAUAGUCCUUACCGGGGUAUACCACACGGCGGCACAUUAUACGGCUAUGGUGGAAUCAGUCACUGGCGAGUUGUGGGUGGUGACUAGUCGACGACCCAUCCGUCCCUCGAUCUCUCGGUAGAUCUCCGAUAGAUCUCUCGGUAGAUUUCUCGUCCGUCCGUUCUUACGUUAGUACUUCUUCCGCGUUUCCUCCUCGUUAUAUCGUUUCCAUCCGAAUGAACGUCAUGUUCUUAGUUCGAUCGCGAUCGAAGCGAUCAUCGUAGUGGUCAAUCCGGGCGAAUGCUCUGAACGAAAUCAUCUCCAACGUGUUCGGUGGUAUUCGUCGUCGCUUACGAUGCCUCGUGCCAAGUUUAAACGACGCGCGUCUCGCGCCCUCGUCUAAGUAGAUCCGGGAUUUACGAUUCCAACGGAAAACUCAAAUUCCGUUGACGCGAAAGUUUCUCCUCUCUCUCUCUCUCUCUCUCUCUCUCUCUCUCUCUCUCUCUCUCUCUCUCUCUCUCUCUCUCUCUCUCUCUCCUUCUCCUUAUUCCACUCUCCUUGCUCUUCCUCCAUCUCUUUUUCUCUUCCCCCUCUUUCUUGUCGUACCUUCUUCGAUAUAAACAUUUGGAAGAGCUUUGUAUCGGCUCAACGGUGAAACGACGGAUCUUUGGUGAGCUUCCCUCGUGAGUUCGUUGAAAGUGAUUGUAGAAUGAAGUGGUGGAAAAAUAGCUGCUAUAAGCUCGGACGUAAUUUGCCAGGAGUUUCGAACCAAGAAUAAAGAAGAGAGGAAUCCUACACAAUUGUUCUCUGACGAAUAUCGUUUUAAGGAUCGUUUAAAAUCGAACGGUUGAUAUUCUUUUGCGAAAGUGACUGAAUAUUAGCCAUUUCGAAAUCGGCAUCAAAAUAGUCAGUGUCGAAAGCAAAUCAACGUUGUUGCGCGAAUCGAUCUGGAUCAACGAACAGAGUCUUUUCAAGCAAAUUCAUAUUUUUCGAAAACCUAUUGAUACCAAAUCGACCAUGAAAUUUUCGCGAAACAAGGACGAGAAUUGCGAAUCGAAUAUGAGAAAAGCGUAGAAUGAUUUACACCUAAAAUCGAUCCUAGCUAUUGGCUUGAAAUAAAGGAAAUUCAUGCUAUAUUGGUCGUAAGCCAUGGCGCGUAAUAAUGAGAGUCAUUACAGCCGAGGUCGAAAGGUCGCAAAGAUAAUAUUGUAGAAGUAAAAGUAGUCCUCUCAGAGAGAAUCCUCGUUUUAAAAAAAAAAAGUUUGUUUGGUCCUUGAAGAUCCUUGGAAAUAGACAUAACACUCGAAGUAUUUGAACGAUUAAUUAAUUUAUUAUCAUCGGAAUUCGACUUGGGAAGGAAAGGAAUACAUCGAUCGUAGAUUGAAAGAAAAAGUUCGAAAGCAGGAAGAUACUGGAAGCCGUUUAUACCGCAAAUCGAAAGAUAUCUCGGAAAGGGAAGGAAUCCGAGUUAGCUGGCGCUUUGAUAUUACGACUUCCUGCGGAGCACCCUUCGGCCGUCGCGUAGAUAUCGCGAAACUCCUAUCGAGAGAACGCACGCGCGUAUGUUCUCGAGCGUGUAACAGGUGUCCAGUGCGCCAGCAAACGUAUGUGGGAUAUAACUUUGCAAAGUCUGUAUUGAUCUAACCGAAGAGUCAUAAUAAAAUAGGCAUCGAAGAAGGAACGAUAUGUCCUUGUAAAGAGGAAUAAUCGGAAUAAGAUGAGUUAAUGACAGGGAAACCGUUGGAGGAUUUUUGGAUCAUCGAAAUCGUGGAAGACAGGCCGUCAAAAUAGAAUAUCCCGGUGGCAGUGGUAUGUACGGGGGUGGUACGGGAGGUGCAGGGUAUGGGGUCGGUUUGGGCCCGGGACCUGGACCCUCGCACUACGCUCCCUCGGGUUCCGGCGUGAGUUACCAAUUGGGCCCACCACCCCCACCGCCGCCAGCCGCUUGCCCCACCGGCGGAAGUCAGCUUCUGUCUUACGGGCCCAACCUAUCGCCUCAUCACAUACAGCAGACGCACGCGGACUCUCAGCAGCAGUCGAAAACACGGAGGUCGGACGAGGAUGAUACUAGUGGAUGUAAAUAUAGAAGAUUGGAGGACGACAAUGUGCAGGAUAAGGAGAGGUUUGCGAGCAGGGAGAAUCAUUGCGAGAUAGAAAGGCGGCGGCGGAACAAGAUGACCGCCUACAUCACCGAACUUUCGGACAUGGUACCAACCUGUUCGGCCCUUGCGAGGAAGCCGGACAAACUGACGAUACUUAGGAUGGCAGUGGCACAUAUGAAAGCUCUCAGAGGGACAGGAAACACGGCUACGGACAACGCGUACAAACCAUCCUUUUUAACGGAUCAGGAGUUGAAACAUUUGAUCCUGGAAGCCGCCGAUGGGUUUCUUUUCGUCGUAAGCUGCGACAGCGGUAGAAUCAUCUAUGUUUCCGAUUCUGUCGCGCCCGUUUUGAAUUACACGCAGAGUGAUUGGUACGGGACGAGUCUAUACUCGCAAGUACAUCCGGACGAUACCGAAAAAGUACGGGAACAGCUCAGCGCCGCGGAACCUCAGCAGGGUGGAAGAGUAUUGGAUCUCAAGACCGGGACGGUCAAGAGAGAAGGUCAAUCGUCGAUGAGAUUGUGCAUGGGCUCGAGAAGAGGGUUCAUCUGUCGAAUGAAAGUUGGAAAUCUACAGACGACGGGUGAUAUGGCAGCCGCUCACGGUCUUCAUCGUAUAAAGCAAAGAAAUUCGUUAGGUCCACCCGCUCGGGAUGGGCAAAAUUACGCUGUAGUCCAUUGUACAGGGUACAUCAAAAAUUGGCCCCCCACCGGUGAUUUUGUUCCCCCAUGUGUACCAGGUGUGGGUCUAGCUGACAGAGGGCCCGGUGCCGUGCAAACAGGACCCGAUGGUGUAGUUACGGACGAAAGUGCAUCUACUCAUUGCUGCCUCGUCGCCAUUGGGCGAUUACAGGUUACUAGUACGCCAAAUACGAACGAUUUAGCGGGUUCCAAUAGCAAUAGCGAAUUUAUUUCACGUCACUCUGCGGAAGGUACGUUUACCUUCGUGGACCAAAGAGUCGGUGGAAUAUUGGGGUAUACGCCCUCGGAACUUUUAGGGCAUAAAUGUUAUCAAUUCUUUCAUCCAGAGGAUGAAACCCAUAUGCGCGAAAGCUUCGAACAAGUUUUGAAGCUGAAAGGACAGGUGGUUUCUGUGAUGUAUAGAUUUCGAGCUAAGAAUCGUGAUUGGGUGUGGUUGAGGACAUCGGCUUUUGCGUUUUUAAAUCCAUUUAACGACGACGUGGAGUACAUCGUUUGCACGAACUCUCAUGCGAAGUCAUUCCACUCUGGUAGCGAUGGGCAAACGGAAAGCGAAGCCGUACCUGCCUACGGACAACCUGGUUUAGAUUACUCCCUUCAGAGACAUCCCACCAGGGAUCCUAUAUAUCCAGCGCAUCAUAUGAUGCAACAUCCAGCGGCUGUCGCCGCAGCUGGUCCACAGCAACCUAGGCCGUCCAGUACACAAAAUGUUUAUCAAGGGUACGAGACAACGCAGUCACCUAUAGCUUACGGUUCACCUGGUCAACAAAGUACAACUUCUUCUGUAUUAAGUAGAAUUCAAAAACCUGCAAAUACAUCUCCGACUCCUGUACAACAAGCAUGGGCCAUAGGUCGUCAGCAACCUGUAACGGAAGGGUAUCAGUACAGUCAAUUAAGUCCGUCAAGGUCACCAAGUGGACCGACGUAUACGCAAUUGAGUAGUGGUGCUAGAACACCGGCUACGCAAUAUCACGCAGUCACGACAGUGCCUAAUAAUCCGGGUAUGUGGGGAUGGCAAGGUCAACAACAUCAAACACCGCAACAAGAUGCUGCACAAUCAAAUCCACAAGUUGCCGGUCAAACGCAACCACCUCAUCCUGCACAAGCUGGUGGUCCUGGCACGCAACCUCAAGAGCUUUCAGAUAUGUUGCAAAUGUUACAAGACCAAGGUGGCGCAUCCGGAUUCGAGGAGUUAAAUAUGUUUAAUACCAAUUUUGAGUAACGACCAAGGACGAAAAUUGCUGACAGUCUUACAUCUUAAAAGACUUAAGGUUCAAAUCAUUUUUGGAUUAUUCUAAGCAUCGUAAUCCACGCUCUUACUCGAGCAUUUCGACCUGUGCAAAGUUUAUGAUCAGCACCUUCUAUAGAUAUAUCCUACAUGAGCGUUAAGUUACUGUCGGUUGGGGUAUCCUGAUUAUUAUUAGGUCCUAAUCGAUUAGUUCUGUCCGCAUGCAUUUCAGAUAUUACGUUCAUUUGAUAAUGUUUUCUUUUGAUAAUUAUGUUCUCGAAAUCGUACGAAUUUUAUAAUGCAUUCUUAAGAUCGGUGGUUAUUAUUUAGCAAAAGUGCCAUUAGAGAAUGCUUGCUCUUAUAAUGUGUUUUUAUCAGAUGUUUUAACGGAUAUGGAAAAAAAGAAAAACUAAUAAUUAUUAACAUGGACAUAAUUAUAUGAAGAUAUCGAGAGAUUUCAUUCUACUUUAAUGUAAUUAUGAAUUCUAUGAUUUCAGGUAAUGCGAUUUGCAAGAGCGUGAAUCCAUUAUUUUAUAGUCAAUAUGAUCUAAUAAUUUGCAAAGGAAUGAUAAACUUUGUGUUUUAUUAAUUCAGUCUGUAUCUCUCUCUCUCUCUCUCUCUCUCUCUCUCUCUCUCUCUCUCGAAGUAGUUUAUUAUUUUGAAGCUUACAGUAGACAUUGUGCGAUGUGUUCAGAAGAGAGAAGCCUGCUUUACAUGGCAUAUAUAAAUACAUAUACACGUGGUAUAUACGAUAUGUAACAUUUCAAAUCUUCUGAAAUCACCGAUGUCUAACUUUAUCUGUCCUUGUUCAAAGAGGUAGUGUUAUAUGAUCUUUUUAUUCAUUAGAUUAUUAUUUCAUUUCGAAUGCCUUACGAAUUCUUUUAAAAAUGUGAAAUAGGAAGUGUGUUAUUUGAUUAUUGAAAAAGGUAUAUUUUAAAAAAAGAAAAAAGAAUAAUCAAUCAGAAAUCUAUGCAAAUCAUGAUCAUUUUAAUACCAGCUUAUCGUUAGGCACAUAAGGUUAGCUUAAUUAUUUUUUAAUUUAGAUAUUUGUAAUUAUAAACAGUGCAAUCAUAAAUCAACAUUUGACAGAAAUUGUUCAAACUUGACAAUGUACAAAAUUAUGUAACCCACUUUGCUUCUCUGUGCAAAACACCAUUUUUAGAUAUUCUUAAAGAAAAAUAUAGAUAAUGUUAUACAUAUAAAUAAUUGCAUUUAUAAGUAACCACGUGUGACUUAGUGCAUUUGUACAUGUUUAGCAAAAAUUUCGAUAAGCAGAUCAAAACAAAAUUACGGCAUAUCAUGAUGAAUUGGGAACAUUUUUCACUAAUAUACGAGGUAUACACAUAUAUACGAUUUUUUUUGUUCUUUUUACAAUCAAUCAUCCUGUACGAAUGUAGUUCCAACAUUACCUCCGACAAUAAUUAUAAUAGCGAAGAGACGAAAGAUAUCAAAGUGUGUAGGCAACAGUUGAUUAAAUAUCUUGUAUUUAAUAUUGAUAUCUUUCAAAAUAUUUCAAAUCUUACUCUCAUACUCACGAAAGAUAUUCCCCCUGUUCCUACACGACUCCACAUACAUACUACAUUUAUUUUAUCAUCGAAUCACAAUUUCAAACGAUCUUGAAUGAGCGACCAAAAAUAGAAAAAAUCCAAUUAAAUUUCAUUUAAUAUAUAUACAUAUACAUAUACAAAAUAUAUAUAUAUAUAUAUAUAUAUAUAUAUAUAUAUAUAUAUACACAUAUAUAUAUGUUGUAUUUACAUGAAAUAUUUACAAUUUUAAUCUGACAGCGGACAAAGCUUUUUUAUUUUUUUCUUUCGACAUUUGAUUUACUCUCGACUUGACGUGACUUUUAACUUGGUCCUGUAGCUGGGUAAAGAACUUGCUCGAAGAUUUCGUGACUUUACCAAUCGUCUCAUCCACCAUCGUAAUAUUCCUAUCUUUGCUCAAUUUUUUCAUCAAAAGAACGUUUUUGUCCUUUUUAUAUUUUUUCUCGAUUCCUGGUUUGAUCGCAUUUAAUUGCUCUUUUCUUUCCCUAUCUUUUUGUCGUUCCUUUUGCUUCAACUUCUUCCUUCGUCUUUCGCGUUUCAUGUCGGUGAUCGUUCGUUCCGAUUUACCGAUAACAUCGCCCCGUGGUUUUUCUACGAAAAUAAGAAAUAAGAAAAAAUAAAUAUCUCGUAGUAUUUUUUAAAUUUGAUAGAUCGAAACGAUAUAAUCAAUGUUUUUCAAUGACAUACCUCUAACUUCUUCGGGUGCUAAUAAGGCAGCAUCGCUGGUAGCUAUCGGCGCCACUUCUUCCAUAUUGAUGGCAGGAAUGUUACUUAUAAUUUUAAUUUCAGGCUGGGCCUACAAAGAAAUGAACUUGCACAUAUUUCUUGUCCUUUAAAUAUUACAAAAAGUAUCAAUUGGGAAUAUUAUACGUACUGCUUUCGGGGUAUAAUGGAAAUUGGACAGUGCGUCCAAUUUGGAGAAUAAAGAAUGCAUCAUAUCGCGAAUUUCAAUGUGCGCUUUCGGCUCUUCUUCCUCUACUUCUUUGGUUUCCGGAUUUGAAGCUUGUUUUUGCUUGAGAUAUUCGUUCUCAUAAAUUUGAGACAAACUUUCUUUGCUCUUUUCCUGAUUCAAUAUCAACUUUUUCUUAUAUUCCAAAGGUGUUUCGACGGGUUUGAAUUUCUUUUCGACGUCGUCCCAUGCCUUGUCCUUUAUUCGUUGCUUAAUUAAAUCCUCCAGUUUGAAAGUAGUCUGUUCGGUGAUAACAGGAGGUGGCCUGGAGGUAACGUCAAACUCCACAUACUCUUCCAAUAAAGAGUUUGGCGGUCUGAGAGCAGCAUUUACUUCUCCCUUCAAUUGCCAAGGCUUUUCAGCUAGCGCUUCUUCUUCCAGUUCUUGAAUCCUCUGUUGCAAACGUUCCUGACGCGCUUCAAGGGAGGAUUUAAUUUCCAAAUUCUUCUCCUUAUUAUCUACUUUAUUUUCUAAGCUAUCCGUUUCGUCCGAAUCGUUUGUCAGAUUGAACUUAACUCUUUUAGUAAAGGAUCUUAAUUCAGUACCAUUUUCUUUCUCAACGUCGGUACCUUCUAAUUCGCUAUCGUCCAGCGAUUCCUCAUCUUCAUUUUCAUCGGUUUUAGAAUGAUCGUUACGAAAGGAAGAUGAUACUUUAUUGUCGUCGCCCUCGUCCUCGCUAUUCGGAUUAUCAAAAAAGUCGGCAUAUUUAAUGAACUUUGCGUCCUCCGUAAAAUCGCAUUCCUCUUCCGACAAAUCGUUAAACAAAUCAAGAGAUUCGUCAUCGUCCGACUCGUUCGCGUCUCUUUUGUUUAGCUUCUCUCUUCUAUCCUCAUUAGUAAGAUAUUCAUCUAAUUCUUGUAAUUUAAAAAAUUUAUCAUCGACGAUGGACUUUCUUUUGCGCUCUUUUAUCCUCUUUAUCUUUUCGAAGCUACUCUUAGAUUCUUCAUCUUCUUUCCCUUUCGCUCGUCGAUGUUGUAUUACGCUCGUUGCAUUCUCAACUUCAUCGUCCCGCUCGCUGUUCUCUUCUCUGGAUUCAGGCUUCGUGGUAGAGAUAGGUAACGUCAGCGCUUUCUUACCGGCUAACAAUUUGGAUAUGCCACUUAAAAAAUGUAUCAAUUCUCCUUCAUUCUGUAACUCCAAUUGUUGCCAAAUUUGUUCCUCGUCAAAACCAUCGGUCAACAGCUCUGGCAAGGCAUUCGUACUCCUUUCCGUUUGUUCUUUCGUAAAAUCGUAGAGCUGUUUCAUAGUAUUUUUGAAAUUAACCGCAACACCAUUCUGUACACUUGAUUGAAAUAAAUACUUUAUUAGUUUAUAUAA